AUGGCUGAGUCAAAUACACUUCAAGCACUUGGAGAACUGUUCAAGGCAACCCAGCAACAAAUAGCCUUGCAGCAAAAGCAGAUCGAGCUUAUGAUGCAGAGAAAUGAGGGACAUGAAGGCCUUGUAGAUGCACUUGCCAAGACCUGCAGCGAUUUUUCAUUCGAUCCUGAGAAUGGAAUUACAUUUGAAGAUUGGUACAGGCGCCAUGAAGACAUCAUCAGAAUCGACGGCAAAUCUCUCAGUGACGAUGCCAAGGUACGUCUCCUUCUCAGAAAGCUAGAUGCAAUUUCCUUUUCUCGCUAUUCCAAAUAUAUUUUGCCUAAAAGUCCUCGUGAUAAUAAUUUUGAGACCACUGUCAAGAUUCUCAAAGAGAUUUUUGUUGCGCCAAUGUCUAUUUUCUCCAAACGUUGGAAAUGUCUGCAAGUGGACAUGAACGAGACAGAAGAUUUCAUUGACUACAUGGGACGUGUAAAUCAACUUUGUGAGGAUUUUCAAUUCAAUACACUCACAUUGGACUCAUUCAAAGCACUUAUUUUUGUUUUGGGCUUGAAAAAUGCGCGUUUUGCUGAAAUUCGUACGCGUUUGCUGCACAAAUUAGAUUCGAAAACUGAGGGAGUCACUCUUUCAUAUCUCCUUGAAGAAGCUAAACGUCUUAGCAAUCUCAAGAAAGACUCUGCACUUGUGGGAUCUUCCGAGGGUACAAACACUCCACCAGCCUCAGUGAAGACAGUCAAGAAAUUCACCAAACCCAAGUUCAAUAACAAAAAGUCCUCAAAAACUUCCACUUCACACGAUCCACCCAAAGAUACGCCACGAACACCUUGCUGGUUUUGCGGAAAUAUGCACUUUUCUCGCGAUUGCACUUUCAAACAACAUAAGUGUAAGGCUUGCGGUACUUUCGGGCAUAAAGAUGGCUACUGCCAGAGCGCGAGUAGGGCGAAGAAGAAGCAUGUUUCGAGAUCAAAUGUCAUUCGCAUUGUCAAUUGUACGACACAUGAAACACGACGUUUCAUCGAUGUUUCAAUCAACUCGCAACCAGUUGCAUUGCAAUAUGAUUCUGCAAGCGAUCUCACAAUAGUUUCAAAACAAUUGUGGAGACAAAUAGGUUCACCUGCUCUUUUACCUUCAGAAAUCAAAGUAAAAGACGCGCAAUUCAACAGUAUGAAGAUUCUAGGUGAGUUUUCAUGCUCAAUUACACUCAAUGGGAACACCCAAUCGGGAAGAUGUUUUGUGACCACAUCAAAUUGUAAUCUUUUUGGCAUAGAAUGGAUUCAAUUGUUCGACUUAUGGUCGAAAUCAGCCAAUUCUUUUUGCCGCAAUGUUGAAGCCAUUCAGUCAGGGACAUUCAACAAGGAAAAGAUUGUAAAGCAGCUCAAAGAUGAAUUUCAACCUGUGUUCGACAGCGGUUUAGGACUCUGUACCAAAGCAACAGCCUCAUUGAAGCUCAAGGAAGGUGCAAAACCCAUUUUCAGACCAAAAAGACCAGUGCCUUAUCCAGUCAUGGCUCAAGUUGAGGAUGAGUUACAGCGCUUAGAACAAAAGGGCAUCAUCAAACCAGUCACAUCUUCUGAGUGGGCAGCACCAAUUGUAGUGGCAAGAAAAGCAAAUGGUUCUGUAAGGAUCUGUGGUGACUAUUCAACAGGUCUCAAUCAGGUAUUGGAAGACAACAAAUAUCCAAUUCCUACACCUGACGAUAUUUUCCAAAAACUUGCUUCUGGCAAGAUAUUCAGCAAUAUCGACCUGUCUGAUGCAUACUUACAGAUUCCUGUUGAUGAAGAUUCACAGAAGCUAUUGACCAUUCACACACACAGAGGCUUAUAUCAUUUCACAAGACUCGCACCUGGGGUUUCAGUCGCACCAGGCCAAUUUCAAUGCAUUGUCGAGGGUAUGCUCUCAGGGAUCGACAAUGUUGCAGUCUAUUUUGACGACAUUUGUGUCUCAGGAUCAGACAUAAAUUCGCAUAUCAGUACAGUCAAGCAGGUACUUCAGCGCCUCCAGGAUUAUGGUUUUCACAUCAAAUUGGAGAAGUGCAACUUUUUCCAAACACAAGUAAAGUACUUGGGCCAUAUUCUCGAUUGUCAUGGGCUAAGACCUGAUCCGGGAAAAAUCGCAGCUAUCAAGGACAUGCCUCCUCCCAAGGAUAUUUCCCAAUUGCGAUCUUUUCUUGGUGCAAUCAACUAUUAUUGCAAGUUUGUUAAAUCGAUGAGCACUCUUCGAGCACCAUUCGAUUCUCUCUUGCGAGAUGGAGCACCAUGGAUUUGGGGAGAGGAUUGCCAACGAGCUUUCAUGAAGUUCAAGGAUAUUUUGUCUUCUGACCUCCUACUCACACAUUUCGACCCAUCUCUACCAAUUUCCAUUGCUGCUGAUGCAUCCAACACUGGAAUAGGUGCUUGCAUUUACCACACUUAUCCUGACGGAUCUGAGAAAGUGAUUUCACAUGCAUCUCGUACACUUUCACCAGCCGAGAGAAAUUACUCCCAGAUUGAGAAGGAAGGUUUAGCACUUGUUUUCGGUGUCACCAAAUUUCAUCGUUACAUUUUUGGAAGACGAUUCACUCUCUUCACGGAUCAUAAACCACUGCUUUCAAUAUUUGGAUCCAAGAAAGGAAUUCCAUUGCAUUCAGCCAACCGCUUACAACGCUGGGCAUUGACUUUGUUGUCUUACACAUUCGAUAUCAAGUUCAUUUCCACAUCUUCAUUUGGACACGCUGAUGUUCUUUCAAGACUCAUCAACACUCACUCCAAGCCUGAUGAAGAAUUCAUUAUUGCCUGCACAGAACUUGAGAGAGAUGUAGCAACUGCGUUGGAUGAUGGCAUCCAUAGACUUCCUUUGACAUUCAAGAAGGUGGCUUCGGCUACACAGAAGUGUUCAACACUCCAAGCAGUCAAGGAAUUUGUGGUCAAUGGAUGGCCUCCUUCAAAAUCCCAUAUCAAAGACAGGGAAGUACAAUCUUAUUAUCAAUACAGAGAUUGUCUCACACUGAUCAAAGAUUGUUUGAUUUACAGAGAGCGAUUGGUGGUUCCGCACAUAUUCAGAAAGAAAGUACUUCACACACUCCAUGAAGCACACCCAGGUCAACAAAGAAUGCUUUCACUAGCCAGAAGUUUCGUGUUUUGGCCAGGCAUCGAUGGUCAAAUCCGCACGAUGGUUCGUGAGUGUGAAGACUGUGCGCUAGCAUCCAAAGCCCCCACCAAAUCGCCUCUCUGUCCAUGGCCAAAAUCAAACAAACCAUGGCAAAGGAUUCACAUGGAUUUUGCUCAAUGGAAAGGUGAAAACUUUUUACUCAUCAUUGAUUCCUUCUCCAAAUGGCCAGAAAUCAUCCAGAUGAAAUCAAUAACGGCUGAAGCAACUAUCAGUGUUCUGUUAGAAAUAUUUUCUCGUUUUGGAAAUCCAGAGUUGAUAGUCAGCGACAAUGGCACCCAGUUUACUUCUGGAGUUUUCAAACAACUCUGUCAAUCAAGAGGUAUUCAGCACGAGAGAUGCAGCCCUUACCAUCCACAAUCAAAUGGACAGGUUGAGAGAUUCGUGGAUACACUCAAAAGAUCACUGCGCAAAAUGGAGAAUGAAGGAUCAUUGAAGGAGAAUUUGUGCAAAUUCCUACACUACUAUAGAUCAACACCGAAUCCAAACUCUCACAAUGGUUUAUCUCCAGCAGAAGCCUUUAUUGGAAGAAAAAUACGCACAAAUCUGACACUUUUGAUUCCAAAAGAGGGGGAGCAGGAGGAGAAACAACCUGAUCCAGUAGAUCUUCCGAGAGUAUUCCAGCCAAAAGAGAAGAUCUAUGCCAAACAUUUCACAGGAAACACAUCAUUCUGGGUUCCUGGUGAGAUCAUUGAGAAAGUUGGAGCAGUCAUGUACAAUGUUCUCGUACAGCUGAAGAGUGGAAGAAUAAGGCUUAUUCGCUCUCACGUUAAUCAGAUCAAGAAGCGAUAUUCCGAUACACCUCAGGAUUGCCCUAUUCCUACCGAUCUUUUGCUCGAUGAUGAGAGUGAGGAUGAGCAAAUGGAUGUUGAUGAAGAGGAUAGUGGUGACAGACCACAACCGCGCAGGAACUGGAGAAAACCAGAUAGGAAGACACCACCAUCAUUGCGUCCUCGACCAACCAGGAGAUUUCUUUAA